AUGCACGGCUCGUUUAGUACAACCCCCCGGCCCCCCAUACCUGUAGACCUGGCAUGCCAGGACAUCUCCGAACAGACCGCAAAACAGAUCGCGGCGCUACAGGCGAAGCUGAACAAGAAGCUUGGCCCCGAGUAUAUCUCACAGCGGCCGGGGCCCGGUGGUGGCCCGAAACUCACGUACGCUGAAGGCUGGAAGGUCAUCAACCUCGCAAACGAGGUGUUCGGGUUCAAUGGCUGGAGCUCAAGCAUUGUCAGCCUUUCGACGGACUACAUCGACUUCAACGAGCAGAGCCAACGUUACAACGUUGGUGUGACGGCUGUUGUGCGUGUGACGCUGAGGGACGGCGUAUUCCAUGAGGACACUGGAUAUGGCUUGCUGGAGAACUCAAAGAGCAAGGGUGCCGCUCUGGAUAAGUGCAAGAAGGAGGCUGUAACAGACGGCCUGAAGCGAGCUCUCCGAAAUUUUGGAAACUUGCUGGGAAAUUGUUUGUACGACAAGGCAUAUACUCAAGAAGUCAUUAAGAUCAAGGUUGCACCUGUAAGUGGCAUACAAUAUAUACAGGCUUGCCCCUCACCCAUUGGUUAUGUUCGACGAGCAGCCCAAGUUUGA